CAGUUCCAAGGUCUAUAUAAGUACUUAUAUAGACCUUGCACAGUUCCUUCCCAGACACUCGGGGCUCGCGGGAUUCACGGAAGAUUUUCCUCCUUUUAAAAACAUUUCAGACCACGCCAGACAUGGAGACUCACGCCCACCUCGUCUUUCUUCUCGCCGCCCUGACCCACGACACCCAUGGAAGAUCAUCUGAAGGAGUCUUGGGUCGAGGGAAUAUCUGGGAGGAGGGGAAAAGAGAAACGCCGUCUUCGGAGGUCAGACAGGGUUGUUUGAACCCGUGGGAGCCCGGGUCACGGUCGCCGGAGCGGAGGAAGAGGUCACUGGAUAGACAAGACCAGAACCAUGAAUAUGACCUGCAGGAUCAAGAGCCAGUCAUCGGAGAACCAGCAGAGGACACCACCAGCCUCAAUAUCUCUCUUAAAGCCCCUUUGCCAGCCCUACCUCCAGCGCCAGCUUCAGCCCCACCACCUAUCCCUGCCCCACUCUCUGUCCCAGAUCCUCCGGUGACCUCAUACUCAUCUCCGGGCUUCUCUGUCACCCGACUUCUACCGGUAUUUGUGUCCUCGGAGGUCGUCCGCGCCCCGGAGAGCAUGGGCCAAGGUCUUGCAGCAGAUGGCCGGUAUCUGCCCCCUGGCGUAAGAUUUACUUUGGCCGCCCCGGAUUUCUCCUUCCUGCCCUGCCCCAAGACAUGCGAGACGCGCAACACAAAUGGAGAUUGUGAAAUUGAUGCCACGUGUCUUUUCGGACGAAAGCCACGUGUCUUAGGUGAAUAAUAUGGAUCUCUGUCCCCGUU